AUGGCUGCCGUCUCAGACUCAGCAGCUCCUUCUGGGGCCAUGCGUUUCAACCUAUUGGAACUGGAGUCAGAGGGCAUGGUCUCCGUGUACUUGGACGGCAAAUUCGCCUGGCGGUUGCCCAAGAAACUCAUCUCAAUGCGCGUUCCCAAGGCGAUCCAGGUUGAACAUGUGACCAGCGAAGAAAUUGUCAACUCGGGCGCCCUCCGCUGGGAGAUCGAACACUUUUCUCAGGACGCAUUCCGUCUAUUUGCAGAAUGGCUCUACAACGUCCGUGGACAGAUCAAGGAGCCCGCUACAGGAGCUUCGAUUAAACCAUAUCUGGAGCUCGCGACGUUCGCGAAUCGCUACGAGAUUGAGAGCCUCGCUCCAGUAGUCAACAAUAUCGUACAGGAGAUCUUCGCGAAUCCUGAUACCCUCACCUCUAUGGGCGAUGCAUACGACACUCUCGAGGCCAAGUCAGCCAACCGUGCCACCAUCAGUGCUCGUUUCGCCGCGCUGAUUCUGGGUAAGCGAAUGGACAUCCAGACCUUGAAACCUCUCCUCAAGUCUGGUGAGCUUUCUCAUGACAUGCUGGUGUGGAUUACGCUUUAUCAUCAGGGAGGCUCUGAACAUCAGGAUUUCGACGAGAUUCUGACGUGGAUGGGUCAGAACUGCCAGCUUUGGAUUAAGGCACUUGAAUAA